AGGAAGAGUGCUUCCGUACGUGCUGUACACGGGUCCAGGUUAUGCACCUGAUCUGCACCGAGAAAACGUUCUCUUAAAUGUGACUGUCUCUGUUUGCAACAGGGAAUUGAAAAUCUUGCUGAAUUCGACCCCAUACUUUAAGAGUUCCAUUGCGGCGGGUACAAUUGAAGCUUAGCUUUAGCCUUAGCACUCAACAACAAGGCUACAAAACAUGGCUCAGCAUCAGGAUUGUCGCAUGUAUGAAGCCAAAUAUCCUGAGGUCGACGAUGUAGUAAUGGUGCAGGUAAAAUUGAUAGCGGAGAUGGGCGCGUACGUGUCUUUGCUGGAGUACAAUGGGAUUGAGGGAAUGAUCCUGUUAUCGGAACUCUCGCGACGUCGCAUCCGCUCGAUCACAAAGCUUAUUAAGGUUGGCCGGCAAGAACCUGUGAUGGUUCUUCGUGUGGAUAAAGAGAAGGGGUACAUCGAUCUGUCAAAAAGGCGUGUGUCACCUGAGGACGUGCAAAAGUGCGAGGAAAGAUACAACAAGUCCAAACUGGUGCACUCCAUCAUGCGCCACGUGGCGGAGACGACAGGGCAAGAUUUGGAGGCGCUGUACGAUAAUAUUGCCUGGCCGCUGUACCGCAUGCACGGGCACGCAUUUGAUGCAUUUAAGACGAUGGUGUCGGACGAGGGUGACGCGAUCUUCAAGCGGCUGGAGGAGGAGAAGGGCGCCACAGCGGCGGCGCUGCUGUCGCCUGAGGUUCGCGAGGCGCUGCUUAAGAACAUCAAGCGCCGCAUGACUCCUCAGCCACUCAAAAUCCGCGCGGACGUUGAGAUGACAUGUUUCACGUACGAUGGCAUCGAGCAUAUUAAGGUGGCCAUCCGCGCGGCCGAGGCGCAGAGCACGGAGGAGUGCCCCGUUAAGAUGAAGCUCGUCGCGCCGCCGCUCUACGUGCUCACCACGCAAACAUUGGACAAGAACAAGGGCAUUGAAGUCUUAACGGCAGCCUGCGAGGCAUGCCAGAAGUCGAUCGAGUCCAACCGUGGCAAGCUGGUGGUUAAGGAGGCGGCUCGCGCAGUCAGCGAGCGCGACGACCGGCUGCUCAGUGAGAAAAUGGAGCAACUGGAGGCGGCCAAUGCAGAGGUGGACGGCGACGACGAGAGUGAGGAGGAGGAGGACGUGGGCAUGGGCGACAUCGACGUUGAGGCUGGGCCCGCAUUUGUGGCGGUGUAAUCGAGAUUCACCUAAGCGCUUUUGCUGCUGUGAAGGUGCAGGGGGUUUUGCAAGCGCAUGGGCCGCAGGCACAGGGUUGCUGAAGGCAGGUGCUGGCGCGGGCGCGGGUGCAGCAGCCGUCCCAGGUUUUCAGCCAUGCACCAUAUUCGUGGAACGUAGCUUUUGCGGCUGGAAGACAUCAGGGCGAUGGGACUUGCAUGGCGGGCCUGUGGGUCCGUUGAUAUGAUGAUGAGCCUGGGCCGACGUAGCGUUUUGGAGAAGGUCAAGGCGGUGACUGGUCAAGGUAUCUGCCGGUAAGGCAGAACUGGCGCUGGAGCUUUUGAAGCCAGUCCUUAGAUGCCAUAUGAACCGGAAGCAUGUGUAGUGUGCAGGAGUGCGCGGCCUGGCUGGCUGGCUUCAUUUGACACUGAUGCGUGUGCAACCCUUCAAACCUUGACUUCGUGAGGCUUGAUGCGCUCUUGCUACGGAUAGGAGGGAAGGGAUAACGGGCAAGGCAAAAUCUUCAUGGGAUCUGUGUUUGGGCGACCUUCGGGAUGGAACAAGAUACCGACCGGCGGGUCGGCCCUUCUGGCAAAGUCUCUUUUUUUCGCGGAGGUCGCGCACAUAUGGGAGGGAACAAGUUAAAAGGGCGACGGGCGGAGCGGUCUGCCUAGGAGGUGGCUGAUGGGCCCGAGGUAGACGGGUAAGAGGAUCCAGUGUAAUGGGAGGCCGGCACAGGCCUUAUGGGUUAGUGAGGAAAUGGGCCGUCUGGUGUAGGACCUGAAUUUGG